AUGGUAGAUUCACGUAGACAGUCUCUUCAGCAGUCUACAAAAGAAAUAAUAUCUAAUGAUCACUCUGGAAGCUAUAUAAACAUUGAAUCUACUCAAAAUAAAGUUUAUUCUCAUUCAAAAUCAGCAUUUAGUGUUGCAAUAAGGUUCCGCCCGUCUGUUAGCAAUGAAAUUAGUGAAAUAGAAACCAGUUCAAUAUGGGAGCUUUCACAUAAAUCUGUCUAUGAUAUAUCCAAAAAAACUUACCACUACUUCGAUUAUGUGUUUGAUGAAAAAUCAACUAACCGUUUAAUUUAUGAUAAAUUAAUUAAGGACGCCAUAAAAACAUGUUUGAGUGGGAUAAAUGUAACUAUUUUUGCCUAUGGGCAGACAUCAUCAGGGAAAACACACACCAUGUAUGGUGAUAAUAAAGGAAGUUAUGAUGGGAUUAUACCACUAAGUAUAAAUGAGAUAUUUAAUCUUGCAUAUACUAAUUCCAACCAAUCUAUUAAAACAAGCAAUAACAUAACAGUGUCAUAUUUGGAAGUAUAUAAUGAAAAAUUAUUUGACUUACUUGCACCGCAGAGCAACUUAAAUAAUAAUUCUAAUGAUAACAAUUCAAGAAAGGUUAAAGUAGUUGAUGGAGUAGAUGGUGCUGUGGACUUUAUCAAUUUGACUUCAAAGAAUGUUUCUUCUCCAGAAGAUGUUCAUGUUAUCAUUAAAACUGGCUUAAAAUCAAGGAGAGUUGCUGAAACAUCCAUGAACGAGAGAUCUUCUAGAAGCCAUACAAUACUUAGGAUUAAGAUAGAAUCUUACAUUAAUUCGAAUGAUGUUUGUGUUGGGGUAUUAAAUUUUGUAGAUUUGGCAGGAAGCGAAAGUAUUAAAAGGACACAAUUGGAAGGAGACCGAAGAAAAGAGGGAAUGAGUAUAAAUAGAAGUUUAUUAGCACUUUCUCAAGUGAUUUCACAGUUAAGCGAAAAUGAAUUUAUUGAACCGCUGGCAAAUAAUUAUCCGAAUCAAAUAGCUUUAACAGAUGGAUUAUCACAGUCAAAAAAUAAGUAUAUUAACUAUAGAGACUCAAAAAUUACGAGGAUUUUGUCUGAUUCACUCGGCGGAAAUUCAAGAACUAUUAUAAUAUGUAAUUGCUCUCCUGAUAGAUUAAAUUACUAUGAAACAUUAUCUACGAUUGACUUUGCAAGAAGGGCAAAAAAAAUUCAAAAUGAAGUUAAGGUAAAUAUCUUGAAAUCGAGUGAAGAAAAAUCUCAAUUAGCAGAAUUGAAACAAAAAAUAAACAAGCUAAAUAAACAAGUUAAAGAUGUUACUUUUCUCAAGCAGGAAAUUGAAUUGCUAAAAAACCAAAAAGCUGAACUAUUAUUCGAACUAAAUACUAUUAAAGUAAAAUCAAUCAAUUGCCCAUCAAAAUUGACAAGUUUAGAUAUUGACUUAAAUAAUAGCUCAUAUAUAAUAUAUGAAGAAUAUUUCAACCACUUAAUUGCUGAAUACGCUGAAAUAAUAGAUUUAAAAGAUCAAAAUAUCAGAAAUUUAAAUGAAGAAAUAAAUUCUUUACAAAUAAAGGUUCGAAAUGUAGAAAAAACAAUGAAUGACAACUAUAAAAUGAAAAACGACUUAGACCAAAAAAAUGACAAAAUUAUUAAAAAAGAAAAUGAAAUCAAGCAUUUGUCUAAAUUGUUAUCUGAUUCAAAUAAUAAAUUAAAGACAUUUCAGGCACAGUUAGAUUGUAAAGAUUCAGUUAUUGAAAACCUUAUUAUUAAGAACGAAAAAAAUUCAUUAUAUUGUGUUGAAUUGAAAAAAAGUCUGGAAUUUUUGUUAUCGGAGAUAUAUAGAUUUAUAAACUGGUAUAUCUGUGACUUGAAUAGUAAAAAACUAAAAAAAACGGAAUAUAUCGAAUCAGAUUCAAUUAAUGAAAAUUUGGAUCGCUUAAUUUCAAACGUAAGGGACUACUUGAAUUAUAUUUCCAUAUACAAUCAAAUAUUGGAAAAAGAUAGAGUCGAUUAUAAUUCAGAACUUUCAAACUUCAGCAAUGAAAUUUUACUGUUAGAGUCUGAAAUAAAGCAUUACGAGGAGGAAAAGAAUAAAAUUUAUUUGGAAACUGUUAACUGCCAGGAACAAGCAAUCCAAAAUUUAAACUCGAUUGUUUUAAAUUUAUUCGAGCUCUUGUGCACUGUAUUUCCCAGCAAAAGUAAUUAUCAUUUAAUAGAUAAUUCUCUUCCAAAUUUGUCCAUUUCUGACUCAUAUGAAUUCACAAGAAAAAUCCAAGAUUCUGAGAAGCUUAUAAAGCUGCUUGAUUCAGAACUAAAUGAGAAAAAGGAUCUUGAAGUGGAAUUUAAAAUUCUUCAGAUGGAGAUUGAAAAUAUUAAAAAUGAAAACAGAAUUUUAAAUGAAUUUAUAGAAUCUCAAAGAAAAGAAAACAAUGAGCUAAGGACGUCAUUAAAUCAAUUGAAACAUGAAUUAAACUUUAGACUGUCUUGCUCUAAUAUCAAAAAUUUAGAUAGCCAGGAAAUGCCUAAUAAUUUCGAUUAUAAAGUAGAAAAAUGUGAUGAAUCGAAAGCGAGCCGAUUUUUUAACGAAAAAUCCGAAAUUCAAACAGAGAGCAUGGAAUACAAAGAAAAAAAAUUACAAGGAAUUAAUGGUUUUAAAGAAAAUAGAUCAAAAGAAAAUAUCAUUGAUUUGGCAUCAAAAUCCAUUCUAAAUCAAGAAAAUUCCGAAAACCCUAGUUUUGAUAACGAAGAAAAUCCUAUUACGGAAUGCAACACACAAUAA